CAUUCAGUAAAGAACUACGGACAGAAUAAGUCGGUGUACAGACGAAUUUUAAAAUAAAUAAGUAUUUUAGUAACUUGACCUUGACUUGUCUUCAGUAACACGAGCGGGAAUAUUCAUUAAUGAUUGUACGUACCGUGCUUCCUGUGUGAUGGAUUUCUUUAAUAAUCUCGAUCCAGCAGUGCUAACAGUCAUUGUUGUGCUUGUUAUCAUAGUUGUUGGAUGCUUGUGUCUAUAUCUUAUGAGAAUGUGGUGGCAAGGUGGACAAUUCCGAAAAAAUACAAGAAUCGACGACAAAAUUGUAAUAAUAACCGGUGCCAAUGGAGGAAUUGGAAAAGAAACAGCAAUUGAUUUAGCUAAACGUGGUGGAAAAAUUUACAUUGCAUGUCGUGACUUAAAACGUGGACAAGAUGCAUUGACAGAAAUCAUAGCAAGAAGUGGAAGUGAUAAUGUGUACUUUUUGCAGCUAGAUCUAGCAUCAAUGGAAUCGAUCCGAGAAUUUUCAAGAAAAUUUCAUCAACUAGAAAAUAAGUUGCACAUUCUAAUUAAUAAUGCUGGAAUUAUGGCAUGUCCAAAAGCAUAUACAGCUGAUGGAUUUGAGUUACAAUUUGGAACAAAUCACUUGGGACAUUUUCUACUUACGAAUUUAUUAUUAGACUUACUUAAAGAAGCAGCACCAAGUCGAAUAGUUAUCGUAUCAAGCAUAAUGCAUCGAAUUGGAUAUAUUAAGAAAGAUGACUUGAUGCGAGAGCAACGAUACUGGAAGUGGUUUGUUUAUGGACAGAGCAAAUUGUCAAAUAUUCUUUUCGCAAGAGAAUUGAGUAAAAGAUUAGAAGGAAGUGGAGUUACUGCAAAUUCAUUACAUCCAGGUGUAGUUAACACUGAAUUAUCACGAAAUUUGGACCUUUGCUCAAAAAUAUGUUUCAAUCCUUGGAAGCUGAUUUUCAAAACACCAAUCUCAGGUGCUCAGACACAAAUAAUGCUUGCUGUUGACCCUGAACUUGAUCGCAUAACCGGAAGAUACUUUGCCGAUUGUAAGCAAAGAAAACCGUCAAGUGCAGCACGUGAUGAUGAGACAGCCAUGUGGUUAUGGAAAGAAAGUGAACGAUUAACAUGCCUGUCUAUGGUUUAAUUACAGCUUAAUAAUAUAAGUCGGUGAUAAAAUUUUAAAAUAAAAUCAAAUCAUGCUUAACAUGCUUAAAUCCCUUAUCGAAGGUCAUUAACUCAAAUAAAUUUUUAUGUACAGC